GAAAUAAACAAGCUUGUCAAGUUUAUCAUCCUAUAAACAGUUUUAGUGUCAAUUUUAAAAUAAUUUUUUUAUAAAUCUAAACCAAUAAAGCAACAAAAAUGUUUAGCGAGCAUAAAAAUUCUUAUCUCCAGCUUCAUUGCAGCGGAAUGAAUCCAAGAAUCAUUAACAGAUCCGUCGAUUUAGCUCGAUGUCAAUUAACAGUUGACUCCGGAGAUUUUGAACCGCCUUGGCAUCGGUUAGUUUCAGAACAACCCUGUAUUCCCGUCCAAAAUGUUGACGUGCUUCGAAGACCUUUAGGUUUCGGACGAUGGGCAAUGCCAAAAUUGCGUAGAGAACUUCACCACCCCGAUGAAAUCAUUGUCAUAGCAGCUCUUACAACAUUCAUUGAUUUAUUAAAAAACCCAGAACGCGGAGCUGAAGCAAUAACACUACGCGUACCAGAUAGAAUAACUGAUUUAUUAAAUCAUGAAAACCCUGUAAUUAGAGAACGAGCUUGUAUGGUUUUAGCAGUUUUAGCAGAACUCGCCGAUGGAAAAGAAGCAAUCGUUCGUCAUCCAAAGCUUUUAUACUAUUUAGCAUUAACUCUCGAUGACGUCGAAAACGCCGUUCGUAUAAAAGCAGCAACUGUAGUUGAAGUGGUCUCAGAUUUUUGGAAAGCCGCCGAAGAACUCGUAUCUUUCGGUUACGUUCCAAUCAUUUUAGACUGCGUAUCAAAAGAUUGUGAAGAAAUCGUGGUAAUCUUAUUGCGGGCUCUUAACAAUUUAAUGAACACUUGCGAUGGUAUGGAAGAAAUGUUCGAUUAUGAAGCUUUCGAUAUAUUAAUGUGUAUAUCCCAAUCUCCAAGUGUUCCUUUAAAAGUUGCCGCUUUAAAAUGUUUAGCGACGCUUUUUAACACGGCCGAAGGAAGGGAUUUGGCUUAUAGAUGUGAUGUUUUGAUUUAUUUAAAUAAAUUAUUACACUCAGAGAUCCUUGAACUGUAUCAAGCUGCACUUGAAGCUAUAAUGUUUGCAACGGUAAAAUCGGCAGCGAGAAUAAAAGCUUUAAAAGUUGUGCAUUUAUCAGAUCGUUUAGUUUGCCUUUUACAUGAUUAUUAUAAUCCACCAACACAAAUGCAUUGUUUACAGUGUUUAGUACAUUUGUGUGAACACCCAAUGUUAAGAAAACAUGUAAACGAAAACUAUUACGAUGAAAUUGCAACUUUAUACGUUGGGAGUGAUAAGGAAUUACAGAUAUUAAAGGAUAGAUUAUUAAGUGUUAUUAAUUGGCAACCCGAACAAGGUUAAAAAAAAAUGUAAAAUCAAAAUGCAACGAAAAAGAUUGUGAUAAAAUUGAUAAAAUAAAUUAUUGUGCAACUCGAUAA